GAUCACCCGAACGACCGAAAGGAAGAUCCGACAGCCCGACCAUAAUCGAGGAGCUUUCAAAGCGAGGCGGAAGCUUGGAGGAGGAAGAAGAAGGCUUUGCUACAAAGUUGAAUUGGUGAUAAAGAUAUCGGUGUCUCCUCAAUUCGGAGAUACUGAAAAGGUUGAGGCUCGCCGGGCUUGCGAUUCAAUCCGAUGGCGUGGUUUCGCGCCGCCUCUACUGCGGCGAGAGUCGCGCUUCGCAGAAACAUAGCUCAGUCUUCUCACCACUGCAAUAGAACCCUCGCCGCGUCACCUCUGCCCGGUUUCCGAGCCUUUCACACGACGGUUCUCCGGCGAAAAGCUGCCACGCCUGUGCCCCGUGCCGUUCCUCUCUCCCGCCUCACCGACAGCUUUCUCAAUGGUACGAGCAGCGUCUACCUCGAGGAGCUCCAGCGUGCCUGGGAGGCGGAUCCCGACAGCGUGGAUGAGUCAUGGGACAACUUCUUCCGGAACUUUGUUGGACAGGCCGCCACUUCGCCGGGAAUAUCUGGUCAGACGAUCCAGGAAAGUAUGCGCUUGCUGCUCCUCGUUAGGGCUUAUCAGGUCUACGGUCACAUGAAGGCAAAUCUUGAUCCGUUAGGGCUGGAACAGCGUGAGAUCCCUGAAGAUAUUGAUCCCGCUCUGUACGGAUUCACCGAGGCAGAUUUGGAUAGAGAAUUUUUUCUUGGGGUGUGGAGGAUGGCUGGCUUUCUUUCGGAGAACCGUCCCGUUCAAACGCUUCGUGCAAUAUUGAACAGGCUUGAGCAAGCUUACUGUGGGACUAUUGGUUAUGAAUACAUGCACAUUGCAGAUCGAGAGAAAUGCAACUGGUUGAGGGAAAGAAUCGAGACCAUAAAGCCUCGGGGUUACAGUCAGGAGCGUAGCGAGGUUAUCCUGGACAGGCUCAUUUGGAGUUCACAGUUUGAAAAUUUUCUUGCCAAGAAGUGGCCUGCCCAGAAAAGGUUUGGGCUUGAGGGCGCAGAGACUCUGAUCCCGGGCAUGAAGGAAAUGUUUGACAGAUCAUCAGAUCUUGGGGUUGAGAGUAUUGUCAUUGGAAUGCCUCACAGAGGCAGACUGAAUGUUCUAGGAAAUGUUGUCAGGAAACCACUUAGGCAGAUUUUUAGUGAGUUUGACAAAAAAAAGCCCAAGGAUGAGGAUGGCUUAUACACGGGAACUGGAGAUGUAAAGUAUCAUCUAGGCACUUCUUAUGACAGACCAACCAGAGGUGGAAGGCAAAUUCAUUUGUCUUUGCUUGCAAAUCCAAGCCAUUUGGAGGCGGUUGAUCCAGUUGUGGUUGGUAAAACAAGAGCAAAGCAGUAUUACUCCAAUGACUUUGACAGGACAAAGAACAUGGGUGUCCUAAUCCAUGGAGAUGGGAGCUUUGCUGGGCAAGGUGUUGUUUAUGAGACCCUUCAUCUCAGCGGAUUGCCCAAUUACACUACUGGCGGAACCAUACACAUUGUAGUUAACAAUCAAGUUGCUUUCACGACUGAUCCACAAGCUGGGAGAUCUUCGCAGUAUUGUACUGAUGUUGCCAAAGCCUUAAGUGCUCCCAUUUUCCAUGUCAAUGGUGAUGACGUAGAAGCAGUGGUCCAUGUCAGCGAGCUUGCAUCGGAGUGGCGCCAGAAGUUCCAUUCAGAUGUGGUGGUUGAUAUAGUGUGCUAUCGUCGACAUGGUCAUAAUGAAGGUGAUGAGCCUUCAUUUACCCAACCAAAAAUGUACCAGGUCAUUCGAAACCAUCCAAAUGCACUUGAAAUUUAUGAAAAGAAACUUGUGGAGUCGGGGACAUUUUCUAGGGAGGAUAUUGAUAAGAUUAACCACAAAGUGGAGACCAUCUUGGAAGAAGAGUUCAGUUAUAGCAAAGACUAUAUUCCGAAUAAAAGGGACUGGCUUUCUGCUUAUUGGACUGGAUUCAAAUCUCCAGAACAGAUAUCUCGUAUUCGAAAUACUGGUGUGAAACCUGAAAUUCUUAAGCGAGUUGGGGAAGCCAUCACAACCAUCCCAGAAAAUUUCAAAGCUCACCGAGGUAUUAAAAGAGUUUUUGACCAGAGAGCCCAGAUGAUUCAAACUGGAGAGGGCAUAGACUGGGCAGUUGCAGAGGCUCUUGCUUUUGCAACACUUAUAGUGGAAGGAAACCAUGUCAGAUUAAGUGGCCAAGAUGUUGAAAGGGGCACAUUUAGCCAUCGCCAUGCUGUUAUUCAUGACCAAGAAACUGGAGAUAUAUACUGCCAUUUAGAUCAUUUAACUAUGAAUCAAAAUGAGGAGAUGUUCACUGUUAGUAACAGUUCUCUUUCUGAGUUUGCUGUCCUCGGCUUUGAAUUGGGCUACUCUAUGGAGAACCCUAAUUCCCUAGUGCUAUGGGAAGCUCAGUUUGGUGAUUUCGCCAAUGGUGCUCAUAUUAUAUUUGAUCAGUUUUUAAGCAGUGGAGAGUCAAAAUGGCUUCGCCAAACUGGACUUUGUGUGCUGCUUCCCCAUGGUUAUGAUGGUCAAGGCCCAGAACAUUCGAGUGCAAGAUUGGAACGUUUUCUUCAGAUGAGUGAUGACAAUCCAUAUGUUAUUCCAGAGAUGGAGCCAACCCUUCGGAAACAGAUCCAGGAAUGCAAUUGGCAAGUCGUGAAUGUCACAACUCCAGCAAAUUAUUUCCAUGUUCUGAGACGUCAGCUGCACAGGGAUUUUCGUAAACCAUUAAUUGUGAUGUCUCCUAAGAGUCUUCUUCGUCAUAAGGACUGCAAAUCAAAUCUUUCAGAAUUUGAUGAUGUGGCAGGGCACCCUGGAUUUGACAAACAAGGAACACGGUUCAAACGCCUCAUUAAAGAUCAGAAUGAUCACAAAGAUAGGGAAGAAGGCAUCAGCCGCCUUGUUCUUUGCUCUGGAAAGGUAUAUUAUGAACUUGAUGAUUAUCGACAGAAAAGCAAUCGGAAGGAUGUUGCCAUCUGUAGGGUUGAACAACUUUGUCCCUUUCCCUAUGAUCUUGUUCAGAGAGAGCUAAAACGAUAUCCAAAUGCGGAGAUUGUUUGGUGCCAGGAAGAACCGAUGAACAUGGGCGCAUAUCAUUAUAUCGCUCCGCGCCUAGGCACCGCCCUGAGAUCGGUUGGCAGGGGGACUAUGGAGGACAUCAAAUAUGCAGGAAGGGCACCUUCGGCUUCCACAGCCACUGGCUUCUUCUCUGUUCAUGAGAAGGAGCAGCAUGAGCUGGUAGAGAAGGCGCUUCAGCCUGAGCCAAUUAAUUUCCCAUUCUGAUUAUAUCUUAUCAGCUUUCAACAAAGGAAAUAGGUAUCUAUUCCUUUCGCUGAAUUGAAUUUUUCCUUGAGAACAUAAUCUUUGAAUAAACUAUAUGUAAUUUUUUAGAGUUUUUUGGUUUUCUCAGUGUGAACGGUAUGUUGAAUAAUGCCUGUAACAUGUCCUCUUACUGAACUUAGAAAUAAUGUUAAUGCCAUAUAAACUU